AUGUCGGAUGCGUAUUGUACGGAUUGUAAGAAGGAGACGGAGUUGGUGUUCGAUCACUCCGCCGGAGAUACCCUUUGCUCUGAGUGUGGUCUUGUUUUGGAAUCUCACUCGAUUGAUGAGACAUCUGAGUGGCGUACCUUCGCUAAUGAGUCAUCGAACAGCGAUCCCAAUCGUGUCGGUGGUCCGACCAACCCUCUUCUCGUCGAUAGUGGUUUAACCACUGUUAUCGCCAAACCCAAUGGUUCCUCUGGUGAUUUCUUGUCUUCUUCUCUUGGGAGGUGGCAGAAUCGUAACUCUAAUUCCGAACGUGGUCUGAUUCAAGCGUUUAAAACAAUCGCUACCAUGUCCGAUAGGUUGGGACUUGUUGCUACUAUCAAGGAUCGGGCUAAUGAGUUAUUUAAGAGGCUGGAGGAUCAAAAGUCUAGCAGGGGAAGGAAUCAGGAUGCACUUUUGGCAGCCUGCUUGUACAUUUCCUGUAGACAAGAGGACAAACCGCGAACUAUUAAGGAAAUUUGCUCUGUUGCCAAUGGAGCGACAAAGAAGGAAAUUGGACGAGCAAAAGACUACAUAGUUAAAACAUUGGGGUUGGAGACUGGUGGUAAGGCUGUGGAAUUGGGCGCUAUACACGCUGGUGAUUUCAUGAGAAGGUUCUGCUCUAACCUUGGAAUGUCUCAGCAAGCAGUUAAAGCUGCUCAAGAAGCUGUGAAAACAGCCGAGGAGUUUGAUAUAAGGAGGAGCCCUAUAUCAAUAGCUGCAGUAGUUAUAUAUAUCAUCACUCAGCUUUCUGAUGACAAGAAGUCUCUCAAAGAUAUAUCGACUGCGACAGGAGUAGCAGAAGGGACAAUAAGAAAUUCAUACAAAGACUUGUAUCCACAUCUUCCAAAGAUAGCACCAAGUUGGUAUGCUAAGGAAGAGGAUCUUAAGAACCUCUCAAGUCCUUGA